CUUAGCAUGGUUGAUGAGCGUCUUCUGGGAGUUCUUAAUAGGCCGAAUCCUUUAGAAGACUGGGAUCAGCUAUACAACUUAAACAAUCAAGUUGGGCUUAGAAAUGAUUGUCGUAAACUAGCAAUACUAUUGGAAAAUAAAAAAUCCGUACCGGAGCUCGAAUCAUUUAUGACGUUGUAUUGUAAGAAACGCAAUGUGGAUUAUAAGAAGGACAUAGGAUGGCUUGUGGUGCUGGAGAAGAUCCUUAAGUUGGACUUACCCAGUGAGCACUUAUUCAAUGUUUUUUUCGCAUUUACGACGAAAUAUAUUCCAAAAGAGACAAAGGAAAAUGCUCAAAUUUAUGAUCUGUUCCGGCUCUUAUUGCAAUAUCACGAUCCUCAGAUAAACUGUCAUCUCGAUUCUCUCAAAUGCACUCCGUACUCGUAUGCUAAUCAGUGGUUUUCCACCAUACUAGCAGCUAAUGUGGAUGACAGCGUCUGUAGAACAUUAUGGGAAUCGUAUAUUGAAAAGGUUAGUCUGGAUCCGAAGCAGGUGAUCCAUUCCUCAUUUUUUACAUGUUAUUGGAAAUUGAUUCUAGUAAACGGUACGACUAUUUUCGUCACCAAUGCGUUAGAUAUGGUUCGGGAAAUUUUAAUUUCACUACCAAGUCAGCUUACUGUUGACGACGUACCGGACUUCGUACAACUUUCAGCAUACUAUGCGGAUCGUACUCCUCAAUGUGUUCGCGAGAAUUUGCAUUACCUAAUUUUUGGUGCGAACUAUGAUGAUGAUGUUGGUGAAAUGCAAGUGAGCAAGCUACUAUGUUUACCAGUAACAGUGCAGGAACUUAUUCGAAAGGAACAUGGUGCAGUUGGGGUUCGUUUUAGAUUUUUUUUAUGUCUUCAGUUCAAACUUAUCUCGUUAUAUAUUGAUAGUUGCCAUUUGCAGGAUCAGUUCAUGAACAUGUUGAUUGCUCGGUUUCUUCGAAAUGGAAAGAGACAUGUAACCUUUGCCGAAGGCGGAUAUCGUGGCCUCCAUAAUAUCUUGGUGGAGUCAAAUCGUCUUCGUCUUAUCAAUUCCCACGAUGAGUUAAAAUGUCGAGAAUGUAGAAUUACUAGUGCUGCUAGUAGUUGGGUGAAUAAGUCUGUUGAUUCUCUAGUCUUCAUGUUUCUAUUUCUCUUAAACAAACUGAUUUCCAGAACUGAAUUUAUUGAGCGAUUUCCAUGUUAUGAGUUAAACGAGAACAAAGAUAUGAUUCCUUCUCAUAUUGCUAUCACACGUACUCAUAUGCAUAUACUAAGGGACGUUUUGGACGAGGCACGACAUGCUCUUCCUUCGGUACUACGUGUCACGUGUAGGAAGAAAGUGCCUGAAUUGCUGACUUUUAAAUUUGGAUAUGAAGUUUAUGGCGUUCCAAAAAUCACAGCAGUUCAUAGGUUUCUUAUUCCUAAAGCUGGUGAAUGUGCAAAGUCGGUGAAGACUGCAAUUUUUGCACUUCGUCCGUUGUCAGACUCGGAACCAACCGAAGUGAAUUUUGCCACCAUUAACGAUGACAAUAAGGUCAACUAA